GGCUUUGCCGCAUCCUCCACGCGCGUCUGGCGUGCCUUUUCGUCACAUGACGACGUGUCGGUUUACAAACACUAGGCAUUCCUUUCUUUUGCCUCUAUGGUGAAGGAGAGAUAAUGGAGGGAUGGGGUGAUGGUGAACGGGAAAGAGAAGAAUGAUCAUCAGCAAGGCUCUUUGACUUGGGAAACAGAUGUGUGUGAAACUGGAACCGAUCGCUUGAGGUGUGUGUGUGUGUGACUUAUAAUUCGGUGCAGUGAGGUAGAUGUCCGGGAUAUACACGAGCAGAACGGGAGGCCCGCGUGACUGCUGCAGGGAAGAGAGAAGAGGACAGAGGGGGUUGAGUUUGUGUGGUCCACCGCAAAACUCCCACGGAGUCGAAAGAUGGAAAGAGGAGGCAUAGCAAAUGAAAACAGCACAAACGUGCCGACGGCUCAAGGAGGAUGGACUUUCUAUAAUUUAUUUACGUUUACUUUCGACGGAUUUAAGUAAUUUCUUAACCUGAACGGUUUGCCGACCGGACCGAUUAAGAUCUGAUCAAGAGCUAUCUCUCUCAUCCUUCGGAUAGGUCCGGUAGUCGGACCUUCGAGAGGACAGGACAACUCGGGCCUUGUUUCGAUGCUUGUUCCUCGUCACCUUGACAAGAUCCAGACCCACUCACCGCCCUACGCAAUACACGUCGUUUCUCAUUACCGUAGAAACAACGGGAUAUCUGGUGCUUAAUAACGGGUGCAGCUACAGGACUGCGGCUUCGGGGCUCCACCCACCGCAAUGCUAUGGGCCUUGGGAGGUAGAGAUAUGGAGAGAAAAGAACAGAGGAACGGAGCUGUGUGUCGUAAAUGAUUCAGGUUCUCAAGGAUUAGCCCUAGAUAUUUUUUCUUAUUUUUCUCCUCACGUGAACAUGUUGUUGAAGUUUGUCUGGGGUGCAGAUGUAAUAGGACAUAUACACUCUGCUAAGCAGCUAUUGCUGUUUUCAUAUGCUAAAUAGCCCAGUCUUCUGAGUUGAGAGUUUUUGGAAACUGCACUGUGGCGUGUCAGGAUCGAACCUUGGGGAUUAUUGCACAACGGGCUUUGUCAUCUGCCAAUUGACAACGCAGGGCCAAAGUGAAAAGGGGGUGAUUUUUUUCAAAGCAACCAACUCUCCAUCUCUCUUACACACUCACACUCACACACACACAUACACACACACACACACACACACACACACACACACACACACACACACACACACACACACACACACACACACACACACACACACACACACCGCAUAUAGGCCUACGCACACAUACACAGACUCACCACUCUCCACACAUACACACACCAGCCAUGCCAUCCCCGUCAGACUCCAGCAGUGUAGUGUCAGCCUCUGGGUCUAGGGGCUGGUCAGAUAGCUGCCGGGGCAUGUCUGGCCGUCAGGGUGGGGCCAAACUGCUGCUGUACCUGGGGCUGUGCCACCUGGGCCUGGGGGCCAUGGUCCUGGCCUUCUCCUUCACCAGCAUGGCCUUCACAUCCUCAGCCCGCGUCCGACAGUCCUGCCCCUUCUGGGCCGGCUUCUUUGUUGUGGCAUCAGGGUUAGUUGGACUUAUCUCAUGGAGAAGACCACUCACUCUGGUGGUGUCCCUCUUCAUGCUGCUGUCUGCUGUGUGUGUCAUCCUUAGUCUGGCUGGAUCCAUGCUCUCCUGUCAGAACGCACAGAUGGUCAAGUCACUCCUCACCUGCCAGGUGGAGAAUGGGUUGUGUGUGUGUUGCGCCCCAACACACUCCUGCUCUAUAAACGAGGAGGAGACCCUGGUACUCUACCUAAAUGCAGACUGCCACUCUGUCAGACAUCAGCUCAAGGACCUGUUGUUCAGUGCUUGUGGUCUGAGUAUUCUCUCUACCAUCAUCUGUACUCUCUCUACUGUCACCUGUAGUAUACACAUCUUCUCCCUGGACCUAGUGCACCUGCUCGCUCCGCACCGCUCUCGCUCCGUCAACCCAGAAUGCACCACUCCUCAGGACGCCUUCCUGACCAACAUCAUGGACUUUGAGGAGUUUGUCCCGCCCAUCCCUCCGCCCCCCUACUACCCCCCUGAAUACACCUGCAGCUCUGAGACAGACGCACAGAGUAUCACCUAUAACGGGUCGAUGGAGAGUCCAGUUCCUCUGUACCCCACUGACUGUCCCCCUCCUUACGAAUUAGUGAUGGGACAGAGAGCAGCUAGCCAGGCCACGGUGUUUGACAGCCAUGGGAAUGAGCUGUCUGGAGAGAGGGCCACAUCCACUGCCUUCAGCGGAGAGGUCUCCAUGGACAGUGGUUCUCUGUUGAUGUCAGAGAUCAUUGACAUCCCAGACGACUCCUCACCUUCAGAGGACUCCGGCCUCGUGGGGGUGAAGGCUAGGGGGGAGAGAGCGAGCACCGGGGGAGUGGAGGGGGGAGACGGGGGAGAAGGAGGGGAGUAUGUCAGCUUCCGUGGCCCCCCUCCCCAACCCCCGGAGAGUCCCCUGGUAGAGAGUCCCCUGGUGGGCCCCAGGGCCAGGCGAUGCUACAGAGGAGAGAGGUCCAACUCCUGCUCCUCAUCUAGCACUGCUACAGCUACAUACAGGUCUCCAGUGUUGAGGCGACAGGCUAUGUUGGCCAGUAGUUGUUCCCAGUUGGAGCUGCUAGGGGGCGCCACCUCUCACCAACGCUCCUCUAUCCUAGAGAAACGAGUCGGGCCUUGCACCCCUUUACGACGCGGUUCUGCCUCUGCCUCUGCAGCUCCUCCCACUUCCUCAUCCUCAGCUGUCAAUCAGCAGGGUGGUCACGGCAACGGCGUACCCCUCCCCCUACAGUCGUUGUACUUGCGUCGUCAGGGCGGAAGGAGCGAGAGGGGGGAUAGUGACGGGCUUCUGCCCCUAGUGAGGUCACACAGCGAGCCUGGCCUCAGCUCUUCUGCUGAUACAGUUGACUUCAGUGAUGGCUCAGUGGGCAGUAAAGGAGUGAGGGAGGGCUCUCAGACCUCUACAGACACAGGUCCGUCCUCCGAGGCAUGCCUGCUACCCCCGCUCCUCUCUGGUGCCCCCCUCAGCCCUCCUCCCCAGGAAGGGCAGUGUGAAGGCAGCCACCAUGGGGCGCAACUUGCCCCUCUCCAAAGGCCCCACCAACUCUCCAUUGCACCUGCCCAAAGAAUGCAACCGCUCUCUUGGGGACCUCAAGGUGACGAGGGGGUUGGUGGCUCGCUUCCUGCAGCGCUCCAAACGGAACCUGGCGUCCGCCGCAGAGCAUUCUGGGAACACGGGACAGGGUCAGAAAAGGAGAGGCGGGGUGGAGGGCAACGGGACAGGCCAUCUCCCUUUAGAGCAGGUGUUACGUAACUCCUGGGGGGCCAGCCAGGGAUCCCACCCGCCACACCCUCAUCACCGUGGUCACCACCACUCCCAUAGCGACAGCCGCCACAACCGCCGUCAUAGCAACCAACCCCCUGUGACGGAGGGGAUCCACUUGCGCAGCUGCGGUGACUUAAGCUCCUCCUCCUCUGCGUCGCUAUGGCGAUUACUGACGGCCAACCCCCCCCACGGGUCAUCAGGUGCACUGUACACAGAGUCAGCCCUGUAAGAGGGGGAGGAGGGAGGAAAGAUGGGAGGGGAUGGGGAGGAAAAGGAGAGGAGGCAGAAAGUGUACCCACACAGAGGAGAGUGGAGGCAUGGUAUGGUCUAAUGAAGAAGAGAUACAAAGGGAGGAGGAGAGGUGGAGGAUGGUAGGAUGAGUUAGACAGGGGAGAGGAAGGAUGAAGGAACAGGCUACUGACAUAUCCUGAUGGGCGGUGGAAGGAGUCAGCACUAUGAGGAGGGAACGACUGGACCUUUGCUACAGCCUUGUUCCAAUACUUUCAACAUGCAUCCUACCGCUUUCCCUUCCUCCUUCCCCUUGGAGCCCUCCUCUGCGCCUGGCCUUCCUUUCCUGAACUUUGACCUCUCAACUAACCUCCUACCUUCAACCUUCACCUAGCCAUACUGAACACAACUCUCUGGGAUCUCUCUUUAACUUCAAGACUAGAGAGGAUGGAGAGAAGGAGUAGGAUAAUGAAGUUUGCUCUAGACUCUGAGCUAUGGUCAGUUUAGUGUUUCUCCUCCUAAUGGUUAAGGUUAGGAUCAGUGGAGCAUAAGCUGAUCCUAGAUCUGUGUCUAAGGUAAACACUUUUCUGGAGCUGUGAACAUCACUCUUACACGAACCGCAUACACUCAUUAAACUGCUCACUCUUUUUCAAAACUCAAAUGUACGUUCAUUUGUCCAGCUCUUCAUCCGGAGCGAAACUCACUUUAAGUGUUCACGAAAUUCACCUUUUUGUCUUCCAUUCGUGAAAUGGUUAACCUUCCUUUUCUCCUGAUGACACUGUAAAAUGUACAGAAAAAUGUACACUCAUUUUGCCCACUGACAGUGAAAGUUUAAUGGCCUGCUAGUGUCGCCGUAUGUUUACAAACUUACAUCUUUAUUAGUCUUUUUUUUGUGGUUCAUUUUCUUGAGGUAAAAUCAACAUGUAAUCCUCAACACCCCUUACCUAGUCCAUCUCCAAUCUGGCUUCAGAAGAAAGGUGCCUCAAACUCAAAACUCACACACCAUCUACCCCAAACUCAAAACUCACACACCAUCUACCCCAAACUCAAAACUCACACACCAUAUACCCCAGACUCAAAACUCACACACCAUUUACCCCAAACUCAAAACUCACACACCAUAUACCCCAGACUCAAAACUCACACACCAUCUACCCCAAACUCAAAACUCACACACCAUCUACCCCAAACUCAAAACUCACACACCAUCUACCCCAAACUCAAAACGCACACACCAUCUACCCCAGACUCAAAACUCACACACCAUCUACCCCAAACUCAAAACUCACACACCAUCUACCCCAGACUCAAAACUCACACAACAUCUACCCCAAACUCAAAACUCAAAACUCACACACCAUCUACCCCAAACUCAAAACUCACACACCAUCUACCCCAGACUCAAAACUCACACACCAUCUACCCCAAACUCAAAACGCACACACCAUCUACCCCAAACUCAAAACGCACACACCAUCUACCCCAGACUCAAAACUCACACACCAUCUACCCCAAACUCAAAACUCACACACCAUCUACCCCAGACUCAAAACUCACACACCAUCUACCCCAAACUCAAAACUCAAAACUCACACACCAUAUACCCCAAACUCAAAACUAACACACCAUCUACCCCAAACUAAAAACGCACACACCAUCUACCCCAAACUCAAAACUAACACACCAUCUACCCCAAACUCAAAACGCACACACCAUCUACCCCAAACUCAAAACUCACACACCAUCUACCCCAAACUCAAAACGCACACACCAUCUACCCCAAACUCAAAACUCACACGCCAUCUAACCUAACCUAAACUCAAAACUAACACACCAUCUACCUCAAACUCAAAACUCACACACCAUCUACCCCAAACUCAAAUCUCACCCACCAUCUACCCCAAACUCAAAACUCACACACCAUCUACCCCAAACUCAAAACUAACACACCAUCUACCCCAAACUCAAAACUAACACACCAUCUACCCCAAACUCAAAACUAACACACCAUCUACCCCAAACUCAAAACUAACACACCAACUACCCCAAACUCAAAACUAACACACCAUCUACCCCAAACUCAAAAAUAACACACCAUCUACCCCAAACUCAAAACUGACUCUUAUUACACCGGUCUAAGACAUCAUACUCCCAAACUCGGCAUUUCCUGUCUCUGAGAUUACCUUGGACAUAGCGAUUUUAUUUGUAUGUUAUGGUACAACCCCCCAUAAUGUACUCCAAAUGAAACAGGAGCCUUGUUCAAAUACUACAAUUUCACUCCCUGUGUAUCAAAUCCUACAAAAUAACUAACCUCCCCCUAAGAAUGACUUUAGCUGCAUGUUUUGGCAAUGCUUCUUACUUUUCUCCCUUUCUCUCUCUCUCUUGCAUCCAAAACCUAGUUGCUCUGAGCCUUUGGAAAUGUGUUAAUGUAUAGUGAAGGGGAUGGAUCAAUGUUGUGCUGUUGAACCCAGAGCCGUAGAUAUACUGGGUUCUAACUAACUAUCAUCCAUGAACUCUGUGAUGUGUCUGGCUCUGGCUGAACGGUUAUGUCUGAUCAAUUACACCUCAGUAUGAUUCCCAAAGCACUAAAGAGAUUCUUGCAAUAAAUGUACAGAUACGUUUGUAUAGAUGUUGGGGAUCAGAUAUUCAGGAUGGUAGUUCCACCAAGACCUGGGAACUAUGAGAAUCUGGAUAUUAUAGUCUGAUACUGGAGGUUGGAUGACAUAAAGCAUGCAGUAUUCUUAGAAGACAUACUGUCUGGAUUGGAAUAGAAAGCUGGCUAACCUCAACCCAGUCAGACAAGAGUUAUACACUCAAUGGCGAUAUUGUGAAGACUUAAGUUUUGAAUAUACAAACGAUUAUGUAUGUAAGUGAUUUAAACACAACACACAGAUACACAUAUGCACACACACACACACACACACACAACCACACACACACAACCACACACACACACUCAAACACACAGAAGCACUGAGCUGUGUUAAAAAUGUUGCUAUAAUUUCUACCUCCUAUUUUGCACAGUGUAUAAUUGUAUGGCUUGAAGUGAUAGAGCCUAACUGAAUAAACAUAUUAUUCUCUUCAAAUAUGAUACAUAAAUGUUCUAAUGCAAGAACUUUUAAUGCAAGUAAUGUAUUUCAACAUAUUGAAUAAAUGAUCCACAACA